ACCGGUGCGAGCUGGUAUUUUUGCGUGUUUGUGGAAUUUUAUCACGUUCAUAUCACUACCAUAGCGCUCAUUCCCAUGUUUGCAUUACACAAUCGCUUUGCACGCCUGUAUCCUUCGUGCUUGAGGUUCGCGAAAAUGAGUCAAGUUGGAGAAAUGGGCAGUGGUGCCGGCAAAGGAGGCGGUGGCGGAGGAUCGAUCCGAGAAGCCGGUGGAUCUUUCGGCAAAAUGGAAGCAGCUCACGAGGAAGAGUACUUCUACAAGCAGCAGCGUGAACAGCUCGCUAAACUGAAAUCGGCUACCGAUACGAGUGCCGAGGCGGGUACCGCUGCAAAGUCAAGUGGAGGAGCCCAGAAGUAGCGGAAGAUUUGUCCUUACCUUUGUUUACCUUCCCGAAACUAGCGACUCCUGUUUGGUGCAGCAUGUGGCCGUAGAUUGGCAGCUCUCCGAGCGCCCUGGCGACAUCGUUAUAAUCUCUUGCUUCGGUUUGAAGCUUACAUUGCUCGAAUACAUUUUGCCACUCACAAUAAACCGAUGACUUUCGCUCGUCGAACGCGCACUGCUGGAAUAGUG